AUGACGACGAGCCGAUCCGAGCUGUUGUCCUUCCGGACGCAACACCCUUUCUUGUUUUACACAAGUGCAUUCUUCCUUGUUGUUCUGCUCCUCUUCACUGCUUUGGCAGAGUACUUCAAGCCUCUCGGCAAGCGCAAAGGCAAAGAUGGCAAAGUCCCCCACCUCCCUCCUGGUCCCUCGGGCCUCCCCAUUCUCGGCAGCCUCCUGGACGUAAAAGAAGGCAUAGAACACCAGGACCACACCAAAUUGAAGGCCCUCUCGCGGUAUGGUGAGAUGACCACGCUACACCUGGGCUCCAAGACUUUUGUUUUCCUCAACAGCUCCCGCGUCGCCACCGAGAUCAUCAAUAAGCGUGGCAGCACCACCAACGAGCGCUCAUUCUACCCGGUUUCAAGCGGCAUCAUCAGUCACAACCACCGGCGCUCCCUCCUCAUGCAUCAGGCGGCCUGGGCCGAGCCGCGCCGUGCCAUGCACUCCCUGCUCUCCGGCUCGCACCUCAAGCUCUAUGGCACGUGGCAGGAGCUAGAGAGCACGCAGCUGCUGGCCGAGUACCUGCUGCAGCCCAAGCUGUGGCACCGGCACCAUUACCGGUACGCCAACUCGGUGAUCCACCGGAUCGCCCUGGGCGAGCGCAUGGCCAAGUCGAGCAAGGAGCUCGAGGACAUGCAGAACUGCGUCACCUACUUCACCAGCAGCAUCAUGACCAGCGCCGUCGACUGGUUUCCGGACCUGGAGCGGCUGCUGCCGUGGUGGUUCGUGCAGCCGUGGCGGCUGUCGUGGGGCUGGCUGGACAAGUGGAACUACGACGUCUACAAGCGGUGGUGGGAUCCCGUGAAGAAAAAGGUCGAGAACGGCACGGCGCCCCCGUCCUUUGUGCGCGACGUGCUGCUGCACCCGGACACCAAGUACACGGGCGACGACGACGACGCCAUGUACGCGGCCAUGCAGCUCGUGGAGGCCGGCAGCGACACCACCAGGAUGGUGCUCAACGUGGCCUUCAUGGCGGCGCUGGAGCAUCCGAAUGCGUUCCGUAAGGCGCGCGAGGAGGUCGAUCGUGUUUGUGGCAAGGAUGCCAACGCGCGGUUGCCGACGCUGGCUGAUUUUGAGGACCUCAAGUACAUCUGCGCCAUGACCAAGGAGGUGAUGCGGUGGCGGCCCAUCUUGCCCAUCACGCCGGAUCAUACCUCGACAAAGGAUAUCGACUUUGAGGGCUAUCACUUUCCUGCCGGAACCGGGUUCGUCUUGAACAUUGCUGCUCUUGGCGAGGAGGCCCGGGAUCCGGACAGCUUCGUUCCUGAGCGCUGGUUGGAUGGCCACGAGACGAACAUUGCCCACGGCUUGUGGCUGUUUGGUGGUGGCAGACGCAUCUGUGUUGGGUAUAGGCUUGCGCAGAACAGUCUUUUUCUGCUUCUCUCUCGAUUGGUUCAGUCGUUUGACCUUAAACCUGCUGGACCUUAUAACUCGAGACGGCUGCAUUUCCAUGCGACAUCCGAACCUUUUCCAGUCGAUAUGACGGUCCGAAACAAGCACUAUGAGAAGUUGAUUCUGACCGAGGCGGAGAGGGCAGGAGUCUUGGAAGACGCAAAGUUGGAAAGGGACAAACUCUGA